AUGACACAAUUAGAGCAUUUCACGGUUCAAUUCCUGCUCAUUUUCAGCGAGGUUUGGCGAGCAUUCGAUCUUGAGGAGAAUCGUUUCGUGGCUUGCAAGAUCCACCACGUUAAUAAGGAGUGGAAGGAAGAGAAGAAGGCUAACUACGUGAAACAUGCCAUGAGAGAGAAAGAUAUCCACAAGACGCUUGACCACUGUCGAAUUGUGAAACUAUUCGAUCUUUUCACUAUUGACAAUCAUUCAUUUUGCACCGUUCUGGAGUACUGUACGGGAAAUGACCUCGACUUCUAUCUCAAACAGAACAAAUGUAUUUCGGAGAAGGAAGCACGAAGUAUCAUUAUGCAGGUUGUUUCGGCUCUCGUAUACCUCAACGAGAAGAAACCUCCGAUCAUCCACUACGAUCUUAAGCCGGCCAACAUCUUGUUGGAAUCUGGAACUACGUGCGGUGCUAUUAAAAUAACCGACUUUGGCUUGUCAAAGAUCAUGGAGGGUUCGUCCGAUGAUGACAGCAUCGAGUUGACGUCUCAGUUCGCUGGCACGUAUUGGUACUUACCCCCAGAAACAUUUGUGGUCAGUCAUGCACCGCCUAAAAUUAGUUCAAAGGUCGAUGUGUGGAGCGUUGGUGUGAUUUUCUACCAGUGUAUUUAUGGAAAGAAACCGUUUGGAAACGAUCAAACUCAGCAGAAAAUACUUGAAGAAAACACUAUACUAAAAGCAAACGAGGUACAUUUCCCCGCAAAGCCGCAAGUGAGUAUUUUUCAAAUUUUAGUGUACUUGCAGUCAGAAUUUGUCCUAGAUUUUUCCAAGCCAUGA